AGUACUCUGUCAAACAAUGCCGUACCUUUGAAGAGAUCUAAGGCAUAUGGUACAGAGAUCGUAUGCCUAAAUGUUACAAAGCCAUAUGAGCGCUGUUUUCCAUCUCGAUCCUUGGGUAUUGAAACCUUCUGAAUCGGACCACUCUGUGAAUAAUCAGAAUAACUAUUAAGGUAACAAUCAAAAAGUGAGUAAAGACCAAAGGAGUUGGAAGGAAAGUGGUGGGUUCAAACGUAAGCCAAAUUAUCAACAUCAGUCUGGGUAGAAGCAGAAUAACCUUACAAUUAGUAUCUUACUUGUAAAAACAACUCAUAUAAGAGAUCUUCGGUUACUUUCUCGCUCAAAUUUCCGCACCAAACAGUACGACGAUCCUCGUCCAUUCUGACGACAAAUUUUCUUAUAUCAGUGUUGUCAAACCAUAAAGUAAUUUGCGUUAACGCGUAUUCCAAAAUUGCAUUAUUUAUCUUGCAAAUGUCGUAUCUUAUAUUACGAUUACGAUCUACCUUAACACUCACCGCAAAGUACUCACGGAUUACGCAAGGGAGGGCAUCAUGUGACAAGUCCUGUUCUCAUACCAACCACUGAAAUGUUAUACAUACAUUUCAGUGAUACCAACCAAUCGAGUAAGCUUUCAGAGGCGGAACCUCGCUUACAAUUGGUUGAUUCACGACUUGUCGAUUCAAGAUGGCAGAGCUGCGUUCAGGAAAAUUGGGACAAUAAAAAUUCUAUAUUUUCUGCUCACUGAUCUUAUACUUCUGCUACCUGACAAGUACAUACAUACGUACGCCUAGUACUUGUAGUACGUACUACGUACGCGAAGCUGUCAAGAAAAUUUCCAUUGCACUUUUCCCAUUCAAAAGAAGAAAAUUUCCAUUACCAUUCUGAAGCGAAUCGCCCCCGUUUUAUGGUUGCUCAUUUUUGUGGACAUUAUCCCAUCAAAACAGCCACUUACAGCCGUACGUAUAUUCGUUACAUGUGGCCUGUUAUAACAAUAACAAGGAGGAUGUGAAUUUUUUUCGCAUAACUGAGAUGGUUGAAAAUAAUGACCCAAAAAAUGAUGACAUCAUGACUUUAGUCAACGUGAGAUUGAUUACAGACAGCAAAAAGCUAUUGGAAGAAAGUACUUUGAACUUACAAGAAAAAAUACAGAGCAACUUCAAACAGCUAAUGAGUGCCCUAGAAUCCAGAGAGAAACAGCUAUUGCGGCAAGUAGAUGCAGUUCAUGUACAGCAGCUUUCACUGAUACAGUCAAACCUGGAAGUUGUAUCAUGUAAGCCUUUAUUGAACAUAGAUUUAAGUUUGAGAGAUGACAUAGAGUCCCAGAUUUUACGCCUCGGCAAAUUGGAAGUGUCUGGAAAAAAUUGUAUCAAUGUCAAUGACGCAGAACCAUAUAAAAUUCAAGAAUAUCAAGAUGCUGAUAAGGAUCAUGAGAGUUUUAAUAAAUCGAUCAAGACCGAAAAUGAAAUACAGAAAUGUUUUGAGAAGACAAAUAAUUUUGUAGCCGUAGAAGGUAUGCACGACGCUAACAUAUCAUCAGAUGAAAAUGCUCCGACUUUUGACAAUGGCACUUUUAGCUGUUCAUUGAAUUCUAGUCUUGAUUCAAGCAUAGAAAUGGAAAACAGGUUUGUUCAGGACUUCAGUGUCUCGUCGAUCUCAGGUUGUAUGAUGAUUCAACAGCAAUCAGACAUCGGAGACAAUGAAUGUUUGGCUAAUUUUAUUGUCCCAAACUGUACUUUCUUAGAUUCAACUCAUGAAAACUUAAAAAAAGAUGGACCUCAAAAAUCAGAAUGUUUAAAUCAAACUUUAGAAACUCUGCAAGAUUCUCAAAAACAGUAUGUUGUUAAGAAUCUGGAAUCCCUAAAACUAAACAAUUUGAAUUGUCACAAAGAUACAAUUGCAAAUAACGAACACAGAUUGCUUAAACAUCUCAGCUCAUUGAAUGAGCGUUCUAAUAAUCGAAAAUUUCGAAGAGACAGUGAUGAACAUCCCAAGCAAAUACAGCAAUGGCUACAACAAAUUUUAGUUGAAACUGAAACAGAACCAAUGAUACAUGAAGUCGAACAAUUUUCAGAGAUUUCCAAAGUGAGAUCGCCAAGUGAAUUUCCGCUAGAGACUUGAAAUAAUUAUUUGAAUAUUUAUUUUAAGUCUGCUGGUGUAAGGAAUUAUCACUGUAUGCCGUUGAAUAAGUAGAAAACUGAGUUGAUCGCAACAAGUCCUCAACGGGGCCAAAGUUUCCACAAACAUGGGAGGUAAACCAAAAGUCUGAUUUUCCAUCGCUGCUACUUGAAUUAUCUACUAUAGUUUAUUUAUUUCCUAAGAUACCUGUACACCGUAUUCAAAGAAUUUGUCUUUGUGUGAUUUACUUGAUAAUUUUAUAUUAUUUUUCCUAUUUAUGAAACAAACAUCCAUACGCGUGCAUUAAAUUUAAGAAAUGGUCGGAAUACGUUAAUAAAAAAUUAUAUACCGAG